AUCAUCAUAUUUCUCGAGUUGAUGUGGGUCAUUGGCAUUGCGCGCCUCAUAUCGCGCGUUGUGCGAAUUUAGUGGAAAUGUCGCGCAAACAUGUACUAUUCUCUGCUUCUUUCCAAGUAACUGAGAACGAGCUGAGAAAGAAUGUUUCAAUUGUUUUCAAUUAGAGAGAGAGAGAGAGAGAGAAAGUAAUGUAAAUUCAUUAACAUUAACGUUAUGAUGAAAAGACAACCGGUAGAUUUGAUACUGCAUUAGCGCUAUUUCGAUAUAAGUCAACUUAUGCUUUAUCGUGUACACCGUCGAAUCCAAUUUCAAGGUUGCCGUUUCUUAUUACGCAAACAGUAUAACAACUACAAAAUUUGCGGUAAAUAAGCCGGAAUAAACGACUCGAUAACGUAAUGCAUAAAUGUACGUUACUGUAGCAUGUUGGAAACGUUUUGGAAGUUUCAUGUAAUAUCGACACAUAAUGUGAUCUCUCUUAUUGUCUAUUCUCAUAUUAAAUAAUUAAUAUAUUAAAUAAUUAAUAUGUUCGGUUGUUCAUUUUUUCACGCUCAGACAACAGCGAGACGUUCAAAUAAAACUGUAAGGAGCGCAUUCGCAUGGUAUUUUCUGACCUUAAAUCCCCAUAAUGCGCAGUUUUAUUUCUUACGUAAGAAGCGCUUACGAAGCGCCACGUUGCGCAGCGACGUGGCGGAAUGCAUCGUUUGUUUGCAAAUUAGCGGCGACUUCGCAAUAACCUUAAUAGGAGAAACCAGUUUAUAAGUAUGUACGUAAAAUCUCAUUGAAAAAUAGUUAUUGACGGAAUUUUGGUAGCUUUCGUGGCAAAAAGAUAUUAUCGAAAAUGAGAUUCGAAAAGAAAAAACGACGCGUUUUUAUACGUUUUCUCUCAAUUAUUUUAAAUUUUUAUACAAAAUUCGCCAUUUCCAUUCCAUUGUUCACAUCAAUUCCAAGUAGUGUAAUGUUCGAGCGAAGCGAAACCAAAGGCUACACGGAGAUGAAUGUCUCCUCUCGUAUCCUUGUAGCUAGACGGGCGACAAGGCGUGUAUAUGUGUGUGUGUGUGUAUGCGCGAGGAGGAGGAGGCGAGAGGUGAGGCGAAGAAUGGUGCGGCGAAGCGUGUGGCGACACACGACACAGCGUGGCGCCCUUGCAAGGACAGCAACCUUUUUAACAUUUUUAAGCGUUCAUCACGUGUAUUCUCUCCAUUCCCCAUUAUGGAGGCAAACUGUUCGCUCUAGAGACUAUGCUAGCCGUUUUUGUGUCAAUGGUUGAUCUUGAUAUUUGUUAAAAACUCGCUAUCUCAAGUACCUAUAUAUUAAUUGAUUCCCUUACGGUAAACUUUGUGCCACACCGAAAACAGAAUAUAUGUUAUGUAUAUAGUUAUGGUGUGGAUUUUCAUCAAGAACAAAGCAACACAGUCGUUUGGCAGAAAUAUCAUAAAAUUAUGUAUUAAUUGCUUAGUAAUGAAAAACAUCGGUAAAGGAACAAGAGUAAAAUAAAUGUGGUAAAAGAGGUAUGAGUCGUUCUUCUAGAAAAAUGCCGUGAAAGAGAGUUUGGGAAUUUGCGGACGGCUUGACCCGGCUCUUGUGGUUGGCGUCCCGGCUCGUGGUUUAAUUCGGCAUGUCGGAGCAGACGGAGAAAGAGAGAAAGAGAGAAGUGGGGAGCAACGACGCGUUCGCUGUCAUCCGUGUUUUAUCUUCUCCCUGCCACUUUCCUCGAAGAAUGCACCCUCCUCCGUUCUUUCUUUCUUACUUCCUUCCUUCCAUUCGCACUUGCGAGAAACCAGUUGCGAUUUUUCUUGCGAUAGGAACUAGAAACCGCUCCCUACUAUAAAUAGCUUUCGGGUUUACUCUUGGGCCGCACGAUAUCGGCCUUCGAGGAGGCGGCGACGGCAGCGGUAGCAACGGCAAAAGCUAUGGCAACAGCAGCCAGGGGAAGAGAGGCAACGAAGUGACUGCGGCGACUGGCGUUGGCAAUGGUGGUGGUGGUAUGGUGAUGUAAUCAUACGCAUUAUUCCGUCGAUGAACCCGAUCCAUCGGGACACCAAGUGCAUUUAGAAGUCUGACCUUCGAUCGCCUGUCAUCAUCAUCAUCAUUAUCGCGGGGACUGCAGCGAAUAGUUGAGCUAGACGUUAAGAAGCGCGUCGUUGCGUGUAAAUCCCGAGUGUACCAUUCUCGAACAGUGAACCGCGAACCAAACUAUCAUGCUUCUUCUCCGGAAUGAACAAAUCUCUGUGUGCUAACAGAAUCGACAAUGUCGGAGCAAUCGCAUCGCUAGAUCGUUCGUUCCGUAGGUAGUGUCAAAGCGCGCGCGCGCGCGCGCGCCAUUUAAAACCGUUUGUUUGUACAAAGUAGCUUGUUGUGGCUCGUCUGAAGAAAGAAGAAUACACGUAUUGCGCUUAAACAGUAAAAUGGCGUAUGACGAUGUUAUCCUUCGCAUGGGCGAAUUUGGUCGUUACCAACGCAGAGUCUAUCUUUUACUCUGUCUUCCAGCGAUAUCGUGCGCCUUUCACAAACUAGCCGGUGUAUUCCUCGGAGCCAAGAUGGAUUCCAGGUGUUUACUUCCGCACGAAUACGCAGAGAACGCCACGUUCUUCCUGAAUCAGGAUGUACUGAAUGCAAGUUACCCGUGGGAUUAUGAACUCAAAGGGUGGUCCCAAUGUCUGAGUCGUGACUUGGAUCUCCCACGGCCGAACAAUACGAUCGAAUGGGGAGGAAUCAGCCGUUGCAAGCAAUAUGUGUAUGACCGAAGCAUAUACAAAAGUACAACCACUUCCGAGUGGGACUUGGUCUGUGACAAGGCGUGGCUGAGAGCGACGGGGGACUCGUUGUUCAUGGUAGGAGUCAUGCUUGGCUCGAUGAUAUUCGGCGGUUUGUCCGAUAGAUAUGGUCGUAGACCAAUUUUCUUCCUGUCUUUAGUCAUACAGCUGGUAGGCGGUAUACUAGUUGCUGUCGCUCCCGAGUUUAUUUCCUACGUUAUCUUCAGGCUGAUUGUCGGCUCAACCACCAGUGGGGUGUUUUUGGUAGCUUACGUUAUAGCUUUGGAAAUGGUUGGGCCGAAAAAGCGGCUAGUAGCCGGAGUUGGCUGCCAGUUGUUUUUCACUACUGGAUACAUACUUACCGCUGGUUUUGCAUAUUUCAUUACCGACUGGAGAAUGUUACAAGUAGCCAUUACGGUACCCAGCAUCGCGUUUCUACUUUAUUGGUGGUUCAUUCCUGAAUCCGCGCGAUGGCUCUUAACGAAAGGUCGUCUGCAGGAAGCGAAGGAUUUGCUGCAACGUGCUUCAUUGGAAAAUGGCGUGGAGAUGCCGAGCGACGCUUUGGAUACGCUUCUUAAUAAUAACAGCGAGGACAGUACACCCGACUCGAGAGAGCCCUCGCUCUUCGACUUGUUCCGCUAUCCAAACUUGAGACGGAAGAGCAUUCUUCUGUUUUUCAACUGGCUUGUCAACAGCGGCACGUACUACGGACUGUCUUGGCACGCAUCCAACCUCGGCGGCAAUGACUAUGUUAAUUUUGUAAUAUCCGGAGUAGUGGAGGUACCGGCGUAUACAUUUCUAAUCUUCACCCUGAAUCGAUGGGGUAGGAAAAUUAUUCUUUGCGGCUGUAUGUUGUUGUCUGGAUUAGCCUUGCUCGCUACGUUAUUCGUUCCUACCGAUAUGCCAUGGUUGAUCGUGUGUUUAGCGAUGAUUGGGAAACUGGCCAUCACGUCGUCUUAUGGUGCAAUUUAUGUAUUUACUGCUGAACAAUUUCCGACUGUUAUUCGAAAUGUUGGACUCGGCGCGAGCUCCACUUUUGCUCGAAUCGGCGGCGUUGUCGCACCGUACGUCAAUCACCUGUCGGAGAUAUGGACACCAUUGCCGCUCGUUAUUUUCGGAUCCUGCGCCUUAUUCGGCGGAUUAAUGUCUCUUCUUCUCCCGGAGACACUGAAUAAAAAACUUCCCGAGUCAAUUCAGGAUGGCGAAUUAUUUGGAAAGGAUGAAUUGAAUAAUUAUCGGGAAAAUCCUUUCAGGAAACCAUCCAAGAGGAAGAAGAAGAAGAAACAGUUGGAUAUCGAUCAAAUGAACGAGAUAGAAAUAUUAAAGCCGUUAAAACCGCAGGAGAAGCAAAACGGCGUGUACGAAAAACAGAACGGAUGACAAUAAUUUUUGUCGGGAGCAAGUGUCGGUAUCACACUCAAAAUAUGUAUCAGAUUCCCGAGUUUGUGAACGUGUUGGGCGCGACGCAGGAAGCGCCCGAGUAACGUGUGCAUCGUUCGAACUUUUAUUAUGUGGAAGAAACUUUCUUCCCGAUUUCGGCUGAAUACAAUGAAGUUCGAUAUGUCGAUAUCGCAAGCAAGAAGAAAAGCAUAUAUUUCGCUUGUACACAUUUAUGAUAUCUCGACAAAACGAACGCGACGAUUGGCUUUCGCGUUAGAAUACACUACGCGCGUUACGAUUGUUACAAUAGGAUAUAAGGAUCCUCUGCCGAUACAAACAUAUCAUUACUCGAUACAUUCGAGUAUAGUCCUCUGUAACAAAAAUUGUGGCUUACAACAAGAUUAUGUACGAAAUAUUGUAACUUAUCGGUAUAAAAAUAAUUGAGGUUUCGCAAUA